AAAUGGCAGAUAAAGGAAGCGAUUCGGGUGAAGAGGAAGAUCCUACUAUUGCCGAGGAUGUCGUUGUUACGAAAUACAAGAUGGCUGGCGAUAUGGCAAACCGUAAGUGUGGUGUCAAGUUUUUAGUGUUUUAUUGAUUGAAUAUUCCAAAUAUGAUGUCAGCUCGUACCGGCGGCGUGUUCGCUCUACCAACUUCCUCUUGUUUUGUCGGACCAGAAAAUCUAACAUUCUAUGCUCAUUUAUCUGUUACUCUAUUCCCUUCAUCCGUUGGUGUAACCGAAUUUCCCUCCACUCCUUGUACUUUAAGCUUGUCGCGUUGGGAAAAAGUGCUACAAAGCUUGAGUAAAAUUUUAACGUUAAACCAUGUACAAACGUUGUACAUUUGAUAUAACCUCGUCACGGAUGUCCUCUCCUACUCUCAUCUCGCUAUAAUUUGAUUACCUUUUUUCCUUGUCAUUUCAAAUUAUAGAAAUCGAGCCUCAAUCAUGUUUUGGAUAUUCUUACUUUAAUUAAGUAUAUCAUAAUUAAGUAAUAGCUUCUGACAGGUACCUCUCAUAUCAUGUAGGGAAUUAAUGUCACCAAUGAGUUUUAUAAUCUUAUAUAUGAAGCUGUGGUUGAAAGGAAGCUAUGCGUCGAUCUAAAAGUGCAAAUGAGUCUCAAAUCUUCCAUAUUCAAUUAUUGUGGAUGAGAGAACAACAGACGUGUCCUAGUUACAUUUUGUUAACGGCAAGCUCGAAAAUCAGCAUAAAUAACUGUCAUCCCCAGAAUAAAUAUGGAUUUCAUUACAGCAAUGAGUGCAGUAUAUAAAUAAAGUGCAACCAUUAAAAUAUAAAAUGCUUAACAACUAGUCUGGAGAGUAUGGCAGUUUUCAAUGAGAUCUCGAGCACAACGAACGUUUUAGCAAAAAACAAGCCUUGUACUUGUUAUACACUUUGCAGACUGGCUGGGCAAUAUUUGUCCUUAUGGUACUGGUUAUUAUGCUAUAUAAGAUGGUUAACUUUUUUUAGUAAGUGGAUAAACUAUAACUAUUCAAGUGAAAACCUUUGUCUUAAUUUCAUGGCUGCUCACUUCUCCAAUGAACAACCAUUCUUUUUUUUGGCAGUACUGUAUUAUUAAGCUUUUCAUGCACAGGGAUUGGCAAUUGGUUUGCUCCGAGAUGAUUAGCCAUGUGCUAUUCACCUCCAAGCAGCCAGCAUGCAUGAAAUCAGAAAUUUCCCAGGCUAGGCAGUUUUGUAGACUUCACCUUACCAUAGAUUAUUUUUUUUGUGUGUGUUGUAUAAAAGGUAUACUUAAGAAAAUCAUAGAGGCUGCAACUGCAGAAACUACAGCACGAACCCUUUGUCAGUUAGGAGAUAACCUUAUCGAGGAAGAAACUGGUAAAGUGUAUAAAAAAGAGAAAGAACUCAAGAAAGGUAAAGUGGCGACUUUUUAUCUUGAUCUUCUUUCUCUCUCUUUUGGAGUCAAUAAUGAAGGGAUGCUGGGAAAAUAGCCCAAAGUGACUGCUGAUAAUUGGCAUUCUCGUUCCAAGUUCUUUUAUUUAUCUUGUGAAACAAGAGAAGGAUUUGUCUUUAGAUCAAGAGUAAUGAAAUUUUAAAGAAACUCUGGGCCCAUCCUCUACUCAGCCAUUCAACUUUGGAGGUAUCUAAUUAGGGUUUGCAAAUUUUUCUCACCCCUUGAUGUCAGUUGGUUGAAAUGCUAUGCUGCGGCCAUUGAAAUUUUCUUUCUGCAUUGUUUAUAUGUUUUGCCAAUGGUUCUCCCUUUUUUCCCAGGUAUUGCAUUCCCAACAUGCAUCUCAGUAAACAACUGUGUUUGUCAUUUUUCACCUCUUAUGAGUGAGCCGGAUAUCACUUUACAGGAUGGAGACCUUGUCAAGAUGUAAGACGUUGGCAUUUUAUUCAUUGUUAAUUCAUAUACCUAGGGAUAAGUGUCCACGCAGACAAAGCUUGCAACUUUUUUGUAAUAGACAGUGGGCAAAGAAAGUAGUGUCCGAUAGCCCAGGACUAGUGGAUUUUGCUAUCGGGGUAGUGAAUUCUGUUCUUAACUUGCCCGACAGGCAAGUGAAGUUUUUUGAGGAACUGAGAUUACAUAAGAACUGUGUAAUCAAUCCUGCUUAUCAAAAAGCUUUUGGGGCUAGUUGAGAUGAAUUUCCAGCUAGUGCAUGCUAGCUAGCUACAGCUUGCCUGAAUGGCAAACUGUAAAACUGACUUUAAUUUCUUUGCACCUGGAUAGAUAAAUAUUAGAUUUUAUCCUUGGUGUCAAAUUCUUGGCAGAGUUACUUGAAUGAUGGGUGCAGGGCUUUUGAAUACCACCAUAUCCUUUAAACUAGUUGCCCUCAAAUUUUGCUUUCCUGGGUCAAUUACAAGCUUUCGUAGGUUCGUUUAUGUUUUUUUUUUAAGUUCAAUUACCCUUGCCCGUUGGAUAAGUGGGCAAGAAAAGUUACUCACCCAGCAGGAACUCCACUAAUCUUGUCCCAGACAACUGGACAUAGCCUGCAAAAACAGCUGUCUCUCCUGUCUCCUCUCUGCUAAGGAUACUUCGCCAAGAGGGACAUCUGUGCCUCAGUUGCAGAAAUUCCAUACCGAUGACAUAAAAUCUGUCCGGAGUCUGCUCAGGAGCUCUGAUUGGUUGAUGUAGUAGUUACAUUAUAGCUGCUGUUUAUGAGUGACAGACAGAAGACAAAAGGCUACAAAGGUCAAAUGUAAACGCAAUGAAUCCACCACAAUACAGUCAAUAUUUGAAGAAUAUAUAUAUUUCUUUAGAAGAAGCAUUUGAGUUUUGCUGGAGCUCGUUCGUACAAGAACACAAAACUUUACCAUAAUCGACUGGGGAAACAUAAAACAGAAAAAAUUUACAUUUGGAACCCCCAAGCUACCAGAUUUAUUAUGGACACAUUGAUUUAUGCCAUCAGUAUGGAAUUUCAGUGGCUAAGGGGCAGACAUGUUUUAAAGUCCCUGCAGGCUGAACUGGGAGGAGGGGUCCUCUGCAUGGGUGGAGAUUAUUAGCAGAUUACUAUGACAAACCUUUUUUAUGGAAUGGUCUACUGAAAUAUUCAGAGGGUAAUGAUAGACAAAGAGCUUUUUGCUUCAUGCUGUGAAGUUUAUUAUUUUCCUUCUUUUCUUUCAGAGACUUUGGUGUUCAUAUUGAUGGGUAUAUUGCAGUAAUUGGACAUACAAUUGUUGUGGGAGCAUCAAAAGUAAGCUGAAAAUGCUACUGAAAAUCCUGGGGUAAUCCCAUUUUAUCAUUAAGCUACUUUCUUGGAUUAUGUGACUAGGGUAUUCUGAGAAGAGGACAUAUCUUCCAAACAGUCUAAUAUGGCAGUGAUGGCUGAAAAUAUUUGACAUUCUUUGGUUUCCUAUGCAGCACACAAAGGUUGUUUCCUGUCAUAUUCAGCUCAGCGCACCUUAAAGGUCCUGGUGCUUUUGCAACACACUUCCUGUGAAAGUGGUGAAUCCGACCCCCAUAUGUAGUAUUAACACUUCAUGAACACCAUAAACAUUUUAUAAUAUACCGGUAAUAAUGUUUCACAGGACAAUAAAGUGACAGGUCGCAAAGCUGAUGUGAUUCAAGCAGCAUACUUAGCUUCUGAAGUAGCUCAAAGACUCGUCAAGGCGGGUAAUGAGGUAAGGCAUCAUCUCAUUAUAAUAAAGGUUUGGUUCUAUCUUUUCUGUAGUAACAGCACCAGUAUUGUAAUCUUAGACUGGGUACCCUGUGCAUAUGCCACAAAUGAAUCAUCCCUACGCAUCAUUCAAAAGGUGGCUGCGGAGGGUACUGUACAUUACCAUAUAUGACGUGAUUCUUAUAUCUGGAUGGAAUCCUGGAUAAUUUGUAUUGAGAUUUUUAUGAUUUUACAUGGUACAUGGAAGAUCUAACCUUCAAAUCAGUGUGUACCAUCCUCUGGUGUUCAUGUUUUUGUUAGGUCAUUUGGUACUGAUUCUUUAACAUAUUUUGUAAAUUUUUUAAAAUAAGAAAUUGCAACUUGACACGACAUUACAUUAUUGUUGCAGAACUAUACAGUAACAGAUCAAAUACAAAAAGUAGCAGAGGCAUUUCAAUGCAAGCCUGUUGAAGGUACUAUUAAGUAUUCUUGGUUGUUAUUAUUAGUAAAAAAAAUCAGCCUUUGUAAAUUACACAUUCAAGUGACAGGGAUGUCAUGAAAUUACCAGGGAUUUCCCCUAGCUCACUAUGAGCAUUGCUCAUUGGCUGUUUUUAUAGGAGAGAAGAGGGAAAUAGAUGUUCAAUUCCCCAAUUUGCUUAUACAACUGAGUUAAUAAGGUAGAUCGGUCAUUGAAGGAAGAUGGAGAAGCUGAUGUUUUGAACGCUAACGCUUCAUUAGUGCAAGCAAGAUCUUUGUUAGCGCUUGGUCUUAAUGGGCCACUCUAUCCCUCUGUGGUGGCCAAUCUGCCUUAUACCAAAUCUUUGUAUUUCACUCUGGCACUAAUGCAACAGGAACUAAACUCUUCUUUUAUUUGUUGAAUUCCCUACCUACUAAUUAUCUGGUAACUUGAAAUAUCUGUGACAGCUACUGUGUCUGUGGUAGAUGAAGUCACUGCACAAGUGUAGCAAGCUCAAGAGAUUGUUUCAAAUUUUUGGCAGAUAAAAAUCCCAUCUCAGUUGAGAGACAGUGGUAAUCACCAGAUAUAAACGUAAAUGGCUUUUCACGCCCCUCAUGGAGCAGUCUUGUUCCAACUUCAGUUACAAGUCUGUCUUGUCUUGGUUCUUGUGUAGCCGCAGUACUCUAUUAAAGUGCUAUUCAUCAACUUCUUUGAAUAAUAUUUUGUAAUUUUUUUUAUUUAUUUUGCAAGGUAUGUUAUCGCAUCAACUGAAACGAAACGUCAUAGAUGGUGAAAAACAAAUUAUUCUCAAUCCAUCAGAACAACUCAGGUAAUCCAUUUUUUAAAGGGUAAAGAGUUGCGAUCAUGACAUUACUUGAAUUAAGAUUUUUGUUCAAUGUUUUUUUUUACCUACUUUGGCCUGGCCAUUUUGACAGACUGUAAGUAGCAGAGUUGUUGAUUUUGACAGGAAAGACCAUCCCAAAUGUGAGUUCGCUGUACAUGAUGUGUUCGCAGUCGAUAUCCUUGUCAGCACAGGAGAUGGGAAGACUAAAGAUAAAGACACCCGAACAACAGUUUACAAGAAAACUGAAAAUGCAUACAGUUUGAAAAUGAAGGCAUCUAGAGGUAUGCAGACUUUAAAAAAUUUUUUAUAAUACCGGGUAACUAACGUACUAUACUAUUUGAAGCCGAGUCGGCUCUAAUCCUAUGUGGGUUACUGUACAGUGUAAAUGCUUAAAUGUGUGAGUUGUCGUGGAAAAUUUACCAUCCAUAUAGUACAUUUAGCACUUACAUGAAUGUUAAGCCCCUCAACCAAGGCACUCUUUCUUGCCAGGACUAUAGCAUAUGGAAAAACGAAGCUAGCAAAAACCAUUUUAAUUCACAUCAUUUAAUUUACAUAUGGUUUUUGAAAAUAAUAUUUUCUUGGGCAAGUCUCUGAUGAUUAUUGCUUUAGACUCCAGACUGAGAUAUCCAGGCUCACCCCUGCAGGUUGGGGUCACUAUGUUGUGUUCUUGGUCACGACACUUUACUCCCAAAGUGCCUCACUUCACCCGGUGUGUGUGAAUGGGUAACAGCAAAUGCUGAGGUCAACCCUGCUAUGGAUUAGCAUGCCAUUCUGCAGAGGGGAGUAGAAAUAUUUCUAGCUGCUGCAUGCUACAGAAACUGGGAUAAGUCACCUUGCUCAAACCCCAACUGGCUUUGAGGCACAGUUCUAUUUGGAACUAUUCUUAAACAACACCUUUUUGUUGCAGUUUUCUUUAGUGAUGUGUGUAACAAAUUUACCAGUAUGCCUUUUACACUUCGGUAAGUAUUCUGUUGCUUGUUGCUGGUUCCCAUCCUGCUUUUUUUCUGAUUUUGACUCCUGAUUUCAAUUGACAGGGAUGAUCAAAGGAAAGAUACUGGAAUUUCUUUGGGUGGGGUUUGAUUAAAUUUUUAGAUCAAAACAUUGUGAAGAAUUUCUUUGGGUCAGGGUUCUUAGAUUUUUUGGAGGUGAUUUUAGGGGUAUUCAAAACAUUGUCAAAACAAAGCAAAGAAAAGGACUUAAACACAAAGUAAGGUAAAUCCCAGCCUGUGUGCUAUUGAGAACCCUGCCUGUGUGCCUGUGUGGUAGUGCCUGUGUAUAGCAAGCGCCCAGGCAACAAUGGAAAGAGGGAAAAGGCAUCUUCCCGUAGUACCACACCAACUUUCUUAUUAUUGGUAAUCUUUCAACAGAGCAUUUGAAGAUGAGAAGAAGGCAAAAAUGGGUGUAGUGGAGUGCAGGCAGCACGGUCUUGUAGAACCCUUUAAUGUCCUUUGGGAAAAGGAAGGUCAGUUCUGGUCUUAAACUUUAAGCUUGCACAUUAUUGCAUCCAAGAAGGGAUUUUAAACUUGGACUGAAGGGAGGGAACAGCACCCAAGUUCAGACAGAGAUAGUAGAUAUUGAUCGCCUUGCUGUUCCUGUUGUCAAGUUAACUUAAGAUUUGGCCAUUUCAUGUCUUAGUUCUCCAGAAAUUGCAUAGAAAUUUACAAAAAGUGUGAAGCACAUGCAGAGUUUUUGUUUUGCUUAUUUAAGUUUUGCUUUUUUAAGUCCCAGUUGCCAUCGCUGUCCUCUUUUCAUAAUGCUCUUGCAUCUCUUCAUGAUCAUUGACUAUUGUAUUUUUCUCUUUUCAGGUGAAUACGUAGCACAGUUUAAAUUCACACUGUUACUAAUGCCCAAUGGCACAAGCAGGUGAAUAAGAGUUUGUCAUUACUUUUUAGUUGCCCCGUAAGUGGUCCUGUGAUUUAACCAUUGCUGGACAUUAUUUUGAAACUGGCUAUCCUGACAUUAAAAAAACUGCAUAAAACCAUCAAGGAAAAAUUAAAAAGAAAAGGAAAGACAAAAAAGUCACCUGUUCAGGCACCAGUUUUUGUAGGGCAAAGGAACAAAUCUCAAGGAUGCGCGAGGGGAGAAAAGGAGAGGGCGCCCCUUUGUGUGUUCCCCUCUCGCAGCCUGUAAUAAGAUAAUUACUGGCACCUGCUAUGCAGGCUAACAAAAAGGCACAGGUGGACAAUAUGAAAGAUUAACAGGUUAAUAAACUGUGCUGAUCGGUGAAUGGUUUUGCAUUGCUCUAUGCAGUAUACCAAACAGAAAACACCUCAAGAAAGUAAUGGGACAAAUUUUGGUGGCAGGGAAACACUCUAAUCUUGGGGUAAGAGAACCAGGAGAGAAGCCAUCCUGGGGGAAGUGAAGAUCAAGUGGUACUGGGGGUAACCACCCUGGACAGGAGUCCUGAUCAGUCUCAGGGGGGGGGGGGGGGUGUGGGGAGACCCAUAUCCCCUCAUCUCAAGGAACUAAGGGGAACCAGAAGAGGGGCCCUCCUAGGUGGAGUACAGAUCAGGCUGGCCCAUUCUCUAGGGCCUAGUUCCUUGUUUAACCCUUUAAGCCCCAAUAUCAACAUACAAAUUCUCCAAACUGAUCUCCAUACAUUUCCUUCAUGAAUGAGUUGAGAGAAUUUGAUAAAAGAUCAGAGCAUUUUCCCUUAGGUGAUCAUUUUAUUAAUUCUCAUAACCUAAUCGCUUGACAUUGUAUGGAUAUCAUUAGGAGAAAAUUGACGUUAGUCACUAUUGGGACUUAAAGGGUUAACCCAGGAUUAAGCAAAAUUUUAAGCAAGGGUUUUCUUGUAUAAGAACGUGUAACUCAAGCUUACAAAAUACUGUUUGGCCUUUACUCCAAAAUACAGUAAUGAUAACACAAAAUGUGACUCUAAGCAAUUCAUAGGAAGGUAAAAUACAAAAAUGGAACAAGAUUUUAAUCCUGGAUUAGUGCUAAUCAGCCUUUCAGGAACUGGGCCCAAGUUAGCAUUUCUUCAAACUUAAUCAGUCCCUGCCAUCUGUGACUUUGAAUUACAAGGAGGUACCUGCGAUUUUGUCACUUAAAUUAUUUCUUUGCGAACCGUAAUAUUCCUAGCUAGUAAUACACUGGAGUUGUGGUCAAUUUUUGGCAAAACUAAACAAAAUUGACAAACUGCCAUAAUUUACACCAUGCAACUGUUUUCUCUAGGAUAACACAAGGGCCAUUUGAUCCAGAAAUAAUUCAGUCAGAGUAUUCAAUACAAGAUGAGGAAAUCAAGGUAAACCUUUCACAGACAUACAGUAGUGAUCAUCUAAUUUUACACAAACCUGACAUUCAUGCACUUAAUUUUUUUAUCAUCAUUACCGAAUUAAACAAAGUUUUAUUUUCAAAGAUUCGAUUUUUGUGCAAAUUAUCUUCUUUAGCACUGUUAAACAGUGUCACCCCUCCCUCUCCAGUUAAUGAGUCGUCUUAACAGGUGUCUAAUGUUAGAACCCACUUUUCAAUCAGGCUCCAGCCUAGAAAUGGCUUAGCUAAAUCAAGGAAUAAAUUUUCUGAAAUGCACAUCGUCUAUCCAGUCCAACACAACGGCUUGCAAGGGCAGAUUACCAUGUGGAAAGAAAGUACAAGCACCCUAACCCCACCCACAAUAUUGUAAAUAAUGUCCUCUUCUAAGAUCUGUCUGUUACAACAACCGCGAACCAUAAUUUCAGACUUUGUAGUCAGAGUAGAAAUGAAGCUGCGCUGCCUAGGAAUUGGCUGAGCCAUUUAUAAUCUUUUGCCAUGGACUCAAUUGGACCUGAUAUUUUAUAAUCAACAUUACACCAUUAAUUGCAAAAAACAUAAUAAGGGACCGGGAAAUAGUUAGGGUUGCAAUGUUGUAAGACCAGUAGUAUGAAAAAGCUAGAAUGAUAUUAAUCACUUGGUUUGAUGGUUUAGAUGUUAUCAAGGUGUUAUUAAAAAUUUUUGCUUUGGUCUUUGACUAUAAUUUCCAGGGUAUCCUAGCAACAUCAGCAAGUCGAAAAACACAAAAGAAGAAGAAAAAGAAGGUAAGAAAAGGAAUGUUUAAAGAGUUUGAGAGUCGUCAGUGCAUUCUGUGCACAUGCAGGGUGAUUUAGUUUUAGAAUUCAUUACACAAGUCGAGUGAUAAUUGCUGGCUUAAAUUUUUUGUUUUUUAUGAACAUGACUUAAUCAAUGAGGUGCUCAAAUUGAUUCUUACGUUGAUUCAGCUUCAAGAGUAAUGUAGAACAGGGAGGUAGUUGUGGCGGGUAACACCCCUCCUAAGUUCCUGUUCCUGAUAUCAUUCCAGGGGUGGAUCUAGGGGGAGGGUGCAAGGGGUGCACCCCCCCUGAGAUGACCAGUGGUUUUCUAAUACAACUGGUAUUCUGAAAAAAAAAAAAAAAACUAUGUGGUUUAUUGGUGUUGAACUAGAGCAAAAGACAAGUGCACCCCCUUCUAAAAGAAAUCCUGGAUCCGGCCCUGCAUUCUUCAUAUUACAGGGUAAAUUUUGAAAGCCAAAUUCAGUUGUAAUAUUGUUUCAUAAUUGUACUUAAAAUAAUGUUUAUCUUCCAUAUUUGGUCAGCUGCAGUUGAUAGUAAUAAAAAAAUUAGCCUGGGGAAUUUAUGCUAAUCAGUGACAGAGAUGAAUUAUUUUUAUUCUGUUCUACAGGCAUCAAAUAAAGCAAGUGAUGCGGUUGCAGCAGAAACUAAGAAUGAUGCUGAUGUUGACAACUAAACUGACCACUGCCAUCUUGAUUUGACUUUAACUUCUUCUGAAGAACCAGAUUGCUUUUUUGCAACACAUUCUUGUCAGACUGUCGUGAAAGUUCACUUGCAUAAUAUCCUAUUUUGUCAUCCUCUUUUUGCUUAUUGAACAUCUGCCACCCAGAAAAAUAACAGUAGAUUGAAUAAAGUUUGCUCUUACUCUAC